AUGGAUUCCAUGAGGCGGAGUUCCGUGGGGCUUCUCAUAGGGCUCCUGCUAAUUCGGUUCAAUUGGUGCUCGGUGGUGGGCGGCGAAGGCGCGGGCGAAGUAGGCGUGGCGUUCCCGGUGGUGGUGAGCACCUGGCCGUUCCGGGAGGCGGUCAGAGCGGCCUGGAGGGUGGUUUCGGCCAGUGAAGGAGGUGGUUCGGCCAUCGAUGCUGUCGUCGCUGGCUGCUCCGCUUGCGAGGAGCUCCGCUGCGAUGGUACAGUUGGUCCAGGUGGAAGUCCAGAUGAGAACGGUGAAACUACCUUAGAUGCUCUUGUCAUGAAUGGGGCAACAAUGGAAAUUGGAGCUGUGGCAGCCAUGAGAUAUGUGAAGGAUGGAAUCAAGGCAGCAAAGUUGGUCUUGGAGCACAGCGAGCAUACUCUGCUUGUUGGAGAGAAAGCAACAGCAUUUGCAAUUUCAAUGGGUCUUCCAGGACCAACUAACCUCAGUUCAUCAGCGUCAAUUGAGAAAUGGGAAAAGUGGAGACAGAACUACUGCCAACCAAACUUCUGGAAAAAUGUUGUUCCUGUCGGUAAGUGUGGUCCAUACCAUCCUAUCAAUCUAUCCUCAGUUGAAGUUGAGGACUCUGUAAAGAAUGGGGUAGAGGGGAGUCAAGGUGGUCUCUGCCAGGGGUAUUAUGAAAGUGAUAAUUUUCUGGAGCCAAUAAAAUCUCAUUUGAAGAUUGUUAAUCGCCACAACCAUGACACAAUCUCUAUGGCCGUGAUUGACAAGAUGGGCCAUAUAGCAGUUGGGACAUCAACCAAUGGUGCUACAUUUAAAAUUCCAGGAAGGGUAGGCGAUGGCCCAAUACCAGGAUCUUCUUCAUAUGGUGAUGAUGAAGUUGGGGCUUGUGGAGCAACUGGUGACGGUGAUAUUAUGAUGCGCUUCCUUCCAUGCUAUCAAGUGGUAGAGAGCAUGCGACAAGGGAUGGAUCCUCGAGACGCUGCCAAAGAUGCUAUAUCGAGAAUUGCCCGCAAAUAUCCGGAUUUCAUCGGUGCUGUAUUUGCAGUCAACAAGGAAGGAGUGCACGCCGGGGCAUGCCAUGGAUGGACAUUCCAAUACUCUGUACGGAAUUCCAGCAUGCAGGAUGUGAAGGUCAUUACAGUAUAUCCUUAG